AAUUAAACAAUAUAAACUUCUAUUUAUUUCUAUAAACAUUUUAGUUUUAAUAACAUGAGACAACCUGAAACCAUGCGUAUAAAAAAGUUUACAUUAUUUUUAGUGCUUACUUUUACAGUAGCAUUUACAGUUGGAUUAUACAUUUGUGGUUUACAUUCCGUGCUUGCAGAGAUUUUAGUCGGAAAUGUAUCAUUAUUUUUUAAAAAAUUAAAUCGAACUAAUAAAACAAACUUAUUUAAUAAAGAUAAAAAUUUGCAUCGAACGCAUGAAACGAGUGGGUGGCAUAAUGAAAAUCAAAUUCAAAACACACAAUUAUAUCAGAUUUAUAAAAGCAACUAUUAUUACAAACGUAACCAACAGCAAAAAGUACACAAAAGUAAUAAACAUCUAAGCGAGAAAAAACCACAACAACUGCAUGAAACAGAUACAAAAAAAAAUCUAAAACAUUUAGAUUAUAAAGAUGAAGAAACUGAGAUGCAAAAUAACGAAAACAAAACGACCGAUCAAAUACCGACCGAUCAAAAACCGACCGAACAAAUACUAUCAAAAAAUAAUUCGCGAGCACAAAACAUUACACACGAAAAUCAAAACAUUUUAACACAAAUAAAAAAUAAAUGUCAAAACAACAAAAUUUUUAUUUGGACAAUCGGUCGGUCAGGUUCCAAUUUAAUUGGAAAAUUGUUAAGCAGCCAUCCAGAUGUGCUAUAUUAUAAUGAACCAGUACAUUUUAACAAAGAGGUAGCAUUUUCACCUAUAUCAAUGAUUAACUCAAUUUUCAAUCAAUCAUUUAAAACAAACACAUGCAAUCAUAUUAUUAUAAAAGAACUACAUCAAAGGUUACCAGGAGGGUUAAUAGGCUUUUCCGCUAAUUUAAAAGAUACUGUUAAAUUUUUACAUCUUAUAAGAGAUCCGAGAGCGGCUUUAAAUUCUAUGAUUAAUUUGAGUUGGUUUAAUAGUUCUAACUUACCUGUUGUUGCUUCAAAACUUUGUCAAGCAACUUUAAAAGAUUAUAGAUUUGGUCAAGCUUACAUGAAACAAAGUAAAUACCGUAUGAUAAAAUACGAGGAAUUAUGCACAAACCUUACCCACAAUGUUAUGGCUUUACUGAACUUUACUCAUCUCAAAGAAAAUUCACAAGUGAAUGAACUUAUUACAAAAAUUCAGCAAGCAAAAAAUGAAAGUAGUAAUCCUUACGAUACACAAAAAAAUCUUAUAUCACAUAUAUUCAACUGGAGAAAAAGCAUAAAUAUGAGUGUUGUCAACACGAUUGAAAGCCAUUGUUCUGAAUUGUUAAACAACUUAGGCUAUAAACUGGUAAAUGGAAAUCUUGAUUUUCUUAGAAAUUUGUCAAUACCUUUGCAUUAGAAAUAUAAUUAUAAAAAAAUAAAAAGUUUAAAAAAAAAAUUCUUAUAAUAUCCAAA